CGUAUUCACGAUAAUUCCGAUAGCACGUGAAGGCAGUAUAAGUCGAAUAUAGCAAUACGCACGCGCAAAAUGACGUUUGACAUCGUAGAGAUUUUGCUAGUGGUAUCGAAAGUCUUGCUAUCCCUUUUAGCCAAGCGUAGGCCAGUAAACCAUCUUUGGUAAGACACUGGAAUCCAGAACAGCGAAUUCAGAAAAGGACCCGUUGUCACCAAAAGCCACAUUUGUUGUUGUAAUAAUCUUCGUGCUGUGUUUUUUGUCCUGUGGCCGAGCUAAAAGAUGGUGAAGCCAGACAUUCACACUCUGGCCCACCACCUGAAACAGGAGAGGCUAUACGUGGCUUCAGAGAAACAGCUUAUCCAGCGGCUCAAUUGUGAAGUACUAAAGACAGCAGAAAGACUCUAUCGUACAGCCUGGAUAGCCAAACAACAGAGGAUUAACCUUGAUCGCCUCAUCCUCACCAGUGCUGAGGCAUCCCCAGCUGAAUGCUGCUUGCAUGCUAAGGUGUUAGAGAGUACGCAGUUUGUUGAUGGCUACAAGAUUCUGGGCUUUCAGGAGAGUAUCUAUGGAGAGUUCCUUGGCCGGCUGAGGGAAAAUCCACGCUUGGUGGCAUCCUGUCUGGUUGCUGGGGAGAGACUUAACCAAGAACAUACACAAGGAGUGAUCCACACUGUGUUUACCUCACUUUAUGGCAACUGCAUAAUGCAAGAGGAUGAAAUCUACCUACUACAAGUCCUGCGUUACCUAGUUGAGUUCGAGCUUAAGGAGAGUGAUAAUCCUCGUCGUUUGCUACGGCGGGGCACAUGUGCUUUUAGUAUCCUGUUUAAGCUAUUCUCUGAGGGCCUGUACUCUGCCAAGCUAUUCCUCACUGCCACCUUACAUGAGCCCAUUAUGCAGCUACUGGUAGAGGACGAAGACCACCUAGAGACUGAUCCAGGCAAAGUGACUGAAAGAUUCACCCCAACACAACAGGAGCGUCUGUUUGGGGAGAAGGGUUCUGAUUCUUACUGUCAAAAGGUUCAGGCAGUUGUAGAAUCCAACCAAGCCAAACUUGUGGCUCUUGUUAACUCAUUUAUUGGCUAUUUGAAGCAAAAUACCUACUGCUUCCCUCAGAGCUUGCGCUGGAUCGUGUCACAGAUGUACAAGUCACUGGCCCAAGUGGAAGGGCUGGAGGUUGGGGAGGUGAGGACCAUGUGCACAGACCUGUUGCUGACUUGUUUCAUCUGCCCAGCCAUUGUUAACCCUGAACAGUAUGGAAUCAUCUCGGAUGCUCCCAUUAAUGAAGUGGCACGCUUUAACCUAAUGCAGGUGGGGCAAUUGCUACAGCAGCUAGCCAUGGCUGACACAGAUGAUGGAGAUCCUCGACGGAAAAGCAAUUUGUCGAAAUUUGACAAAAGUUGUGUCGCUGCCUUUUUGGAUGUCAUGACUGGUGGAAGAACUGUGGAGACCCCUCCCAUGUCUUCAAUGAACCUUUUAGAGGGUCUCACACGAACUGUGGUUUAUAUCACAAACAAUCAGCUUCUGGCUUUGGUGGACUUUGUGCGCCGCAGCGUGACUACUGGUGACCACCUCAGAGAGGAAGACCAUUUAGCUCUGGAAACACUGCUAGCCAAUGUACCUCAGUCCCAUGCAGUCAAGAGUAACAGCUUGGAGCUCACACCUCAGCUUUCCCCAGCUACUACACCUGUCAACAGGAAGAACAGAUUGCCCUUAGCAGCCACCCGUAGCCGCUCCCGCUCCAACAUCAUUCAGGACAGUGAGGCAGACGCUAGCUACCAGGACCCUCAGCAGGAAGUUUUGCCUGAGGAGGUGCUUGUCAUCUCAAUAGGAACUUCCUCUCAGGCUAUGCCUGGAAUGAUGCCUGAAAAUGAGGUGCUGAACUUGCAACUUUCUGAUGAUGCUCAAGGAGAUGCCCCAGCUGAUGAAGCUAAACUGCAUGGAAAACCUGACAAAACCCUCCGCUUCUCUCUAUGUAGUGACAAUCUGGAAGGAGUCUCUGAGGGGCCAUCUAACCGUUCCAAUUCUGUCUCAUCUCUGGACAUGGAAGCAGAGUCUGUGUCUGACUUAGGCCCAGGGCCAUCUGUCAGUAAUGGUGUUGAAGCUUUGCAGCUACUAGAACAUGAACAAGCCACCACGCAGGAUAAUCUGGAUGAUAAACUCAGAAAGUUUGAGAUUCGGGACAUGAUGGGUCUGACGGAUGAUCGGGAUAUCUCUGAGACAGUCAGUGAAACCUGGAGCACUGAUGUCCUUGGUAGUGACUUUGAUCCUAAUAUAGAUGAAGACAGACUUCAGGAAAUAUCAGGGGCUAUGGUGGAGAACAUGCUUGGAAGUCUGCUGUGCUUCCCAGCACCUGGCCCUGUUCUUUUGGACCCCUGCGGUUCAACAAUGUCUGAGACCACAAGUGAGGCCUGGAGUGUGGAAGUCCUGCCCAGUGACUCAGAGACUGCAGAUUUAAAGCAAGAGGAGCGUUUGCAGGAAUUAGAAAGCUGCUCAGGGGUGGGCAGCACUUCAGAUGAUACUGAAGUCAGAGAGGUCAGCUCCCGACCAAGCACCCCAGGAUUGAGCAUCAUCUCAGGUAUUAGUGCAACAUCUGAAGAUAUCCCCAACAAGGUUGAAGACCUGCGCUCAGAAUGUAGCUCAGAUUUUGGAGGCAAAGACUCUGUCACAAGCCCAGAUGGAGAGGAUUCUGCACACGGAGCACAUGGUUUGUCCUGUGUGCCUGCUCAAACUGACUCUCUGCUGACCAUGUUUGAUCCACUCUCUUCUGGAGAAGCACCUAGUGACAAAUCUAUCGACAUUUCGGGCAAACCUUGGCAACUUCCCGCAGAAGAGAGUGGCCAGUACUGCCCCCCAAGCAUGAGGUCCUGCUUUCCACCCGCAGGUACCGGCACUAUAGUUCGGCCCAAGGCACACUACACCAGACCCCCUCAUCCUCCCCCAGACCCACCAAUCCCAGAAGCUUGUGCCACAGGACCUUCUGAACCCAGGGCAUCUCUCUUCUCCGUCCACGAUCCAGAGCACCCCAAGCAGAGACACUCAUACCCUGAGCGUUUGGUUAGGAGCCGCAGCACGGACAUAGUCUGUGCAGGGCGCAGACCCAACAGUGAUCCAGGCAUAAACCGCAGGACCAUGGUGGAGGACCAGGACCAAGCGGUUGCUUUUGCUGCUGGAUCCACCACUUCUCCAAGCAAAGAUUCACUCAAAGUGGAGAUUGAUGACAAGAAGGACAGCGAUGAUGAGAAAUCAGACAGGAACAGACCCUGGUGGAAGAAACGGUUUGUUCCUGCCAUUCCUAAAGUGCUCUAUUGGACUGCAGAGAGUGAAAUGCCAGCACCAAUUGCAGCAUUCCGAAAGCGGGACAAGCAUGAGAAGGAUGAUCUGGGAGCAGAGAAGGUCCCUCAAGUAGCAUAGAUACUGUUGGUAAUGAAGGUACCGUGGUUGCAAUUCUUCCGGAACUGAUGGGGGCAGCAUAUACGCGUAUGUGUUUUAGUCGGUCCACAAGUGGUAAAGAAGAAGAACAACGCCUACAAGCACACGGGAAAAACUGCAGAAGAUGGUGCCAAGUUUAGCUCUGCACGACUCGUUGAGAGUAAAGGUGGUAGGAGUCAAAUAUGGAAAUACUUCGCAUUCGAGGCAGAUGACAACAAACAAAUAAUUGAUGCUCUGAAGCCGGUGUGCAACCGAUGCUAUCGUUCUUUUCAAACAAAUGGAGGAAACACCUUGAAUUUGGCGACACACCUGAAAGACGGGCCCCUAACGUUAUGCUCCAUGUAAUGUGUGCAAUAGCCAAUUAUUUGUUAAUGAUGCUAAUGCAUUGUAAAGUUGUAAACUACCUCCUAAUGGGCCACCAUGCAUCGCCAUUCAGCUUGUGUCCUGUCAGCAAAAUGUAGCCUAAUGUCACAAUUAUUGAAAUGUUAAUGGUUUUAAUAAAUAUUUUUGGCCUGCCACCAUAUCAGGGAAUUUAAACUAAUGCUUGCAUUCAGAGUACAAGGGGGGUGCAUACCUUUAGGAGUGCACCUUAGCACUUGUAGCCUCCACUGUUUUAUUAUUCAUUGUCAGACAGUGUUUGAUAACUAAAAUAUCCCCCUCUCUUUUUGCCAGUAUCAGCCAGAGGAGGAAGUCCUCUAGGAGAGUUUUUAAAUUGUAUUUUUUAUUUAUUUAAUUUUUAUACCACACUAUGGUAUGGAGUAUCAUGUACUUUUGGUCGUAUCGGAACCGACUACUAGAUUUUUGGUAUCGCGACAUCCUGUGUGUGUGUGUGUGUGUGUGUGUGUGUGUGUGUGUGUGUGUAUAUAUAUAUAAAAAAAAAAUUCUGCCUCCAUUAUGGAGAACACAAGCUGGAACUUGACUUGCGUGUGAAUUGGAUUAAAGUGAGGAAGACUUGCGCAGCAUCGACCUCACUCUCACGUGACCACCAUGAUCCAGUGGCAUGACCAAGUCAAGAUGACUGAAAACUGAAAGGCUCUGGGACUCCAACCAACCACUGUGAGAGCCAUUAUCUUCAAAUGGAAAAAUUCUGCACACUAGAACCUUUCUAGAGCUGGCCAACUUUCCAAAAUUUCUCCAGGAGCACAGCGAGGACUCAUCCAGCAAGUCACGCAAGAGCCAAGGACAUCAAAGGCCCUACAGGCCUCUCUUACAUCAAUAAAGGUCACUGUUCAUGACUCCAUUAUCAGAAAGACACUGGGCAAAAAUGGCAUCCAUGGAAGAGUGACGAGGUGAAAACCACUGCUAACCUAGAACAUUUAAGGCUCAUCUGAAUUUUACCAAAACACACCUUGAUCCUCAAACCUGUGUGUAUGUAUGUAUGUAUAUAUGUAUGUGUGUGUGUGUGUGUGUGUCAGUCCCUUCUGAAACUAUUGGAACGGGAAGGCCUAUUCAUUUGUUUGUGCUGUACACCAAACACAUUUGUGUUUGAGAUCAAAAGAUGGAUAUGAGACGAGAGUUUAGGAUUUUAGCUUUUAUUUCCUGGUAUUUACAUACACUAGAACCUUUCUAGAGACCAGGAAACACAUGUUUCCUGGUGUUAAAUAACAUAAAUCAUUGAACCUUUUGUAUCAGUCCACCCAAUUAUUAGGUGAGCAACAGUAUAAGAACAGAUAAGUCUUGAAGUAAAUUAAAGUAAAGAAAACUUAAUAUUUGGUUGCAUAUCCCUUGCUUUCAGUAACUGCAUCAACACUCGUCACCACAUUAUUAGUUUCUUCUUUUGUAAUGCUUUUCCAGGCAUUUACUGCAGCUUCUUUCAUUUGUUGUUUGUUCUGGGGGGUUUCUCCCUUCAGUAAUUGGAUUAAGGUCUGCUGAUUGAACCUUCCACUUUUUCCCCACAGAUAAAGUCCUUUGUUGAGUUGGCAGUGUGUUUUGGAUCAUCGUAUUGCUGCAUGAUAAAGUUCCUCCUUAUUAAUUUUGAUGCAUUUCUCUGUAAAGUGACCUCUGUAUUUCUGCUCUCAAAGUUUUCUUCAAACAGUGGAUAGUGAUACCUUCACCCCUGCCCUGUGAAGGUUGGUGGUGAGGUCACUGACUGUUUUUGGGGGAUUUUCUUGGCCAACCCAUUCGGUGUCUGUUGCUCAGUACACCCGUGGUGGUCCUCAGUUAUGGACCUCAGUUGUGUGGUCCUCACCAUCUUCUAUAAACAAAGAAAUAACGUUGUGACAACAAAAAUCAGACAGAUUUUAAUAUGUAGUGGGGGUUUUUUUUUCCGAUAAGUCAACCAACAUUUAGAAGCCAGAUGUUGAAUAAUAUGUGCCCUUUCUACUUCCAUAAUUAUUAAGAGUGAAAUUAGGAGCCAGGUAUUACACAUGAAAUGCACAAGCUCACUUAAUCAUCAAGAAGUGUAAUUACAUAUAUAAAAGCAGAACUUUUGGCAGAUUGGUGUUCUGGAUCUCUCAGGUGUGUGUAUACAUCAUGGCAAGAUACCAGCUAUGACCUCAGAGUUGUUGUUGUUGCUCAUCAAUCUGGGAGGGGUUAUAAGGCCAUCUCCAAACAAUUUGAAAAUCAACAUUCUACAGUGAAAAGGAUUAGUUUCAAAUGGAGUGCUUUUGAGACAGUUUCCCAGGAUCUUCCCUGGACUGGGCAUCCCAGCAAAUUAAGGCCAAGGUCUGACUAUUUAAUGCUCAGAGAUAUAAAGAAAACCCCAAAUGCUACAUCAUGUAACCUGCAGAUCUCUGUAAGCACAUUAUAUAUUCAUGACAGCACAUUCAGAAAAAGACUGAGCACGUAUGGCUUUCAUGUAAGGGUGACUAGGAAAAAAAGCUCUUCUCUCCAAGAAGAAUAUGGCAGCAUGACUUAGGUUUGCAAAAUUGCAUCUGAACAAACCACAGAAGUUCUGGAACAAUAUUCUGUGGACAGAUGAGAACAAGGUGGAGUUGUUUGGUCAUCAUGCACAGCACCAUGUUUGGCAAAAACCAAGCACAAAGCAUCACUACAAACACCUCAUACCAUCUGUCAAGUAUGGAGCAGUGAUGGUUUGGGAUCGUUUUGCAGCUACAGGACCUGGGAAACUCACAAUCAUUGAAAAAAUGAUUUACUCCACUUUAUAACAGAAUAUUCUUGAGACAAAUGUGCGGUCAUCUGUCCAGCAGCUUAAGCUGGGUUGAACUUGAGUCAUGCAACAGGGCAAUUAUCCCAAGCACACCAGCAAAUCGACAUCUGAAUGGCUAAAGCAGAAAAAAAAAAUUUAAGUCUCUGUCAAAGUCUCUCACUUACAUGCACUCAAAAUCCAUCUUGCAUACUAUCAAGUCUCUCUCACUCUCUCUCUCACACACACAAAGUCUCACUGAUAGUGCAUGUCUGUGAGAGAUUAAUUCGAUUUCUCUAAUGGCCUAUAAUGUAGUGAGUUCUUACACCCCACCCUUUCCGGGACUGUGCAUUUUUUCUCUACAGGGUUGGCAGGUCUGUGUAAAGGUACAAGAGAUGUUACUUUGCAGUUUUCUGGUCCAAUUGAAAACAUAAUAAGCAAUAUAUAUUUUUUAGAUCUCUUAACUGUUGAAAAUUAUAUAUUUAGGGGUACUAUGUGUG